AUGCAUUGCCAAGAGAAAGCGUUACAUUUAUCAGUCCUCUUCGGAUAUCAAUUCAAAGCGAAAAAAAUGAAGAAAACCCCUAUUGCUCGAUAUCCGGGUGCCGCUGUAAUCGUUGGAAUUCCGGGCCUAUACUUGAAUCUGCUUACAAGUUUGUCGUUACUCGGCGCUUCAACACCGUUUGAAUUCAUCUGCGCUUGCCAUGCAGCUGGAGAUGCAGCCAUCAUCGCCGUUAUGGUUUUCUGGUCGGCACCAAUGAUUUUCUUGUGA